GCCCCAUCUGUGACUCCACCAAAUACGGGGGGUACUCAAGUGAACAUUAAUCUAUCUCCAGGCUCUCAUUUACCUUCAUUCACAUACAACUCAAAUCAACUCAUAUACAACAUCUUUGGAAAGUAAUCGCUGAGUGUUACUUAGAUUGGGCCAGAAAAAUCCCUUUUAUAAACUCCCAACUUUUCUUUGAUUAUCACCCAAAUCCAUCAAUAUCCAGCCCGUCCAGCUGUCAACCAUGUCGUCAUCUAUCACGAUUCCAACUAGAAAUUCCAAUAAGGCUGCUGCUGCGGCGAGUCCAAGUAGUUCCUCCUCAUAUUCAAGCUCUCCUACAACAUCACAACAAUCGCCAUCGUCAACUGCUACUUCUCCAAAUGCUCGAUAUGGAUAUGAUAGGAGAAGAAGUCUUUUGAGCACGGCACUUGCAAAGGAAGAACACACUACAAUUAACAUCGGGGAUCCUGACGGCACACCACGACUCAUCACUUGCGUGCGUUCUUCACAAGGAUUUGACUGGAACCCAGAAAUCUUCUUCCCCUCCUACAUGGAAUCCGAUUUCGAAUCACUCGAACGAAAGCGCGAGCCUGUUCUUGAGAUUAGAUUGAGUGAUGAGGAAAUCAAGCAAAUGUUUCCUCAAUAGGUUGUGUACAAAACACUAGUGGUAAACGUUGAUAUAAAUCGAUGGGUUUGGGUUGCACAUUCUGGCGCUGAGGAUUUGAACAUAUCAUUACGAUUUCACGGGUAAGGAAGUGCGGUAUAUUUUAGGUAGCCAGGUCAGCGAUUGCGAGUGGCAUAUAUUAUUUAGGGACCGGUGGUAUUUGGUUUUGUUAGGAGACAUGAGGAGUUUGGAUACAAUUCUUUUGCUUGGCUAUUGGGUGUACUGGACUAGGCGUCCCUCUUUUUUAACAACAGAUUCCCCUGAUCAAUUCAACUUCUUUUAACAUACAUUGCCAGUCCAUGAUUGCUUCUUGAUUUUUUGAUAAAAAGAAUUGUGGUGGCGGAAAAGAAAGCACAACGAACUCAGCCUCAUUUGAAGGCCGGCUGCAUAGGCUACAUAGGCUUCAGAGGCUGCACUCGGGGCCACCGAAAUGUUGCGAUACAAGCAGUAACACCAACUGCAAAUUCAACCAAAAAUUAUGAUUCUGUCUAAUAACUAGCA